AUGAGAGUAAAAGUGUAUUACAUCUGUGCUGUCCUGUUGGUGUUAAGCCUAUCGACACCUGCAGUCUUCGCACAAGACGCGCAAGAAGAGCAUCUGGUUGGAUGGUGGCUAUUUGAUAACCUCAAAGAGGAAACAGGCAACUGGGGAGAGAUUGAACUCCAAGGUGCCAAAAUUGAGAAGGGACAACUGGUCGUUGAAACCGGGAAAUGGGCACAUGCCCCUGAGUACGAUGGUCCCGAUAUCACGGAAUUGACAUUGGCGACCUGGGUCAGUUUGGACGACUACGCCAAGACGAAUGGCUCUGCACUCACGCUGGAUAAACUCAGCAAAGACCAGUUUCGCGCAAUCGUCUGGGCUGAAAGGGUGGAUAAACAAUGGAUGCCUGGGAGCAGCCAUUUCCGACAUACGAAUGAUUUCCCCGACGCAGUCACUGAAAAGGCAACGGGCGAACUUGUUUUCCUUGUCAUCACUUACAGGGAUGCCAAAAACAAUACCGAGAUCACCGGCUACCGUAAUGGCGUGAACCUUGGUAGUUUUGAAAAGGAACCCGUUGAAACCUGGCCGGCAGAUGAUGCUGAAGCAAUUUGGGGGAAGCGGCACGUAAACGGACUUAAUGGUCCCGGUGAACUCAACGCGCACAUUGACGAAUCCCGAAUUUACAACGUCGCGUUGACAGAGGAUGAAGUCCAAAGCCUGGAAGCAGGAACGCUUUCAGUCGAACCCCAUGUCUUCGCACAAGACGCUCAAGCGGACAAUCUACUUGGGUGGUGGUUAUUUGAUAGCGAAAAAGACGAGAUGGGGAACUGGGACGAUAUGGAUCUCCACGGUGCCGAACUCGAAGAUGGUCAGUUGAUUGUUGAGACCGGGAAAUGGGCACACGCACUCGAAUACGGCGGACCCGACAUCGAAGAGAAGACAUUGAUGACAUGGGUUGCUCUGGACAGCCUCGCUGCAACGAAAGGCUCAGCACUCACGUUAGAUAAAGCCACAGAGGACCAAUUUAACGCGAUUGUUUACGCUGAACGCCAACCGAGUCAAUGGAUGUCCGGAAGCAGUUGGUUCCAUCGCACUGAGGACUUCCCAAAAGCCCACAAUGAAAAGAAAGAAGGCGAAAUGGUCUACUUAGCCUUCACGUACGAAGAUAAGGGUGGGACUUACAAGAUUACCGGAUACCGUAACGGUGAGAGCCUUGGGAGUUAUGAAAAGGGUGAAAUCAAAACCUGGCCCACUGGUGAUGCCGAAGCAGUUUGGGGUAAACGGCAUACAGGUGGACUUGACGGUCCCGGUGACCUCAACGCACACAUUGAAGAAUCCCGAAUUUACGCUGUUGCAUUGACCGAGGCCGAAGUGAAGGAAAUGGAAAUCGGAACGCUUUCAGUUGAUCCCAAAGGUAAACUCGCUACCAAAUGGGCAAAGCUUAAAGCGAAGUAA